ACACAGUCGCCGAUGUAAACAGUAGUUUCAUAACUUCAUCCUUUCUGAUUCUUUGUCUCAAGGAAUACGAUGAGUCAGAAGCGGGAAAACAGUGUUCGAUACAGUCCAUACUUGUAAGUGAAUAAUUCUUCUGUGAACGACAUCCUCUCUGUUAGCGAUCUAUCAAUAUACGAGCCGGCAAAAAAAGGUUGAACAGCUGGACUCAGACCCGGCACAUUUAAUCGAAUAUUUGGUUACCGAAAUGAAUCGAAAUUAAUGGAAUUCAUUCGAGCGAUUGAGUUCGAUUGCCGAAAGCGAUCGAACAAACUCUAUCUGGCAAAAAUAUUUGGCCCAUCGUAAGCAAUCGAAACUUUAAUAUUGCCAAUAGCGUUUAUGCUAAUCCGGCAAUGGAGCGGCCAGCGGUCGCUCAAAUACAUGGUAUGAAAUUACAAUAUUUACAUGGUAUUGAAUUACAUGGUAUGAAAAUAAACGAUGUAUGUUAAAGUAGUGGACACUCUUCGGAUAAACUCUGGGUAACAUGCCGAACUGACAACAUCAGGUGGUAACGCAUUCCAUGCAGGGAUUGAUCUCACAUAGAAAGAGUGUUUGUAGCAGGGUGAAGUCCAAAAAAAAUUAUUCAUGCAAGCCAAAUUUAACUUAAGAAAUGAGGGAAAUGUAAACGAAAAAAUAUUCACGCAGCUCGUAAAAUCCCCACCCCACCUUACCUUUUUCAAUAGUGGGCCUGUUAUAUGUAUUUUUGAAUUUCCUUUCAUCUUGAUUGGCAAAUCGACAAAGACAUUUUUAACUGGCCAAUCAUGGCACAUACUCAAAUCCUGGUAGAGGACACUGUGUUCGCCACUAGCGGAGAACUCAUAAAUGAAACGACAAUGCUAGAGCAGAGUGACUGAUGAGGGGAAUCCAUGUUGUCCCACCUAGGGCUUGACCAAACUAAACUAAACAAACUAACUUAUUUUCAAGGAGAAAAUAAAUUUGGUUCACCCCCUCUGUCUUUCCACUGGUUUCUCUUGUCCACUCAGUCUUGGUCUCUGUAUUGUGCAAGCAUAGCCAGCCAGACAAAAAUGGUGUCUGCUCUGAAAAUUGAGAGUAUUCUAAUCCAUGUACCUUCUUUGUUUUCCAGUGCUCUCUCAGCAUUAAGUUUGCCACCGUUUGCUUGACCUUUUGACUACCAAAUGUGACAUAAUUUGAUAAAUUUAAAUAAUGAUUUUGUCUCCAAUGUCACAGGAUGUGAAUUUCUUUCAUUAUUUUAGCAUUAAGAACCUAGUGACAAGUGAUGUCACAGAUGAAGCUGAACAGGACACCAGUACUUGCAGGCAAGAACCAGGAAAAUCACCCAAGAAACAAAGGCGACCAGUUAAUAGAUUUGGAGAUAUGACUGAGGAAGAAGUACUCAACUUGAAAUUACCUGAGCAUUUGGGAUACAAUCUGGAUAUAUUAUUUGUAAGUGUGCUGUGCAUGUCAGCACUUCAAAUGCUGAAAAAUAACUAAAUGCCUUAAAACAAAAAUGUCAAUUAUUAAGGCCUGUCAAACAAAUCUCCAGAAAAACUCUAAACAAUUUUAGGCCCUCAUUUCAUUUGUCGAUGUCCAGCCCAUUAUAUUAUCAAAAAGAGGUGGAGAAAAGUACUGUCUAUGUAAAAAAUAUAAAUAAAUGCUCAUAAAAAUUGCUAUGAGUUAAAAUAUGAAAAAGAAAAUAGCAUUUUGCAUCAAGCAAAGUUGUAACUUAUUGAUUAUCUUUAAAAUUUUAAAUCUGAUUCUAGACCUCUCUGUUGUGUUGGCAGGUUGGAAUAAACCCAGGUUUAAUGGCAGCCUACAAAGGACAUCACUAUCCAGGAGCCAAUAACCAUUUCUGUGGGUAAAUUUGCUUUGAGUCGAAUUAAUUGCAGAUUUUCCUGUAAAUGAGUGUGGUUUUUUUUGUUUGCUUGUUUGUUUUUUUCUCAUUUUUCUUUCAGUUAAGGCAAUGAUAAGAAACGCGAUUUCUUAAAUGAAUUCCUAUUAUAAAAUAAUAAUAAUAAUAAUUAUUAUUAUUAUAAUUAUUAUUAUUAUUAUCAUCAUCAUCAGCAGCAUCAUAAUGAUCAUUAUUAGUUAUUUAAUUGUUCAUUUUUAAAAUAAACAAUUCCUUAAUCCUAAACAAUUACUGACAUUGCUGACUGUCUUUUUUUAAUUGCCUGAUUAACUCUUUCUUAAUAAUAAUUAUUUAGCUACAUGUAGUCCCUUAUAUAUAUUUUAUAAUUUAUUUACAGAUUUGUAAUACAUGCCUUUUAAUUCGCAGGGCCAUGUCUGUACCAAUCGGGUUUGGUGCCUGACAGAUUGACUUAUCUAGAUGAUGUGAGAUGUCCAUCAGAUUAUCAGAUAGGUUUAACAAACAUGGUGGAGCGUACUACAAGAGGAAGUGCUGAUCUGUCCAGGUGAUUAGCUCAACAGGGAUGGGUUGCUUAUUUGGGGCGGCCAGUCACACCUGUGUCUACAAAAAUAAUACUUGGCUAUUAAAUCCUUGCUAACAACUGGGAGUGCAGGCUAUGCGCAAGAGUAAAAGACACCUUCGAGGAGAGAGGAAGGUUCCUCUUUCCUCAGCGUGUCCUCCUCCCUGGCGGCCAGUUCAUGGUUACAGGAUAUGGUCAUGGUGACUUAUUUCAAGGCACAUAAUUUUUAAUUAGACAUUCUAUUUCCUGCAAUUAACAUAAAAUACAUGAACCUGUAUCCACUCCGUGAUGUAGAAGCCAAUCUCAGUGUACAGCACUGCUGAUACAGUCAUUUAUAUUUAUGUUGAUUGGGGCAAAAAGGAUCUAUAAUUAAUAAUUAUUAUUAGCCAUGACCUGGCAUAAGGGUGGAGGACAGGCAUGAGGAAAGAGGAAGCAAGUCCUCUCUUCUCGUAGGUGUCUUUUACUCGCACAUAGCCUGCAAGGAAGCUCUUCAUCUGAGGAGUCAGAAUGAUAUUUCAAGGUAUCUUGAUAGUCUAAUUAAUGAAACCACUGUAACUGUGGAAAGCCUUGAUUUAUUAAGAACAAAGUCGAACAUUUAUUUUGUUUUGAACACGAUGCUUUGGAUUAUAAAAGCCCGUGUUCAUGGAGUACUCGUAUUUCUUGUUUUCACUCUUUGCAGGAAAGAAAUGAGAGAUGGGAAGGAGGCUCUUGUACAAAAGGUGGAGCAAUAUAAGCCUCUUAUUGUGUGUUUUAAUGGAAAAGGUGACUUCACUCUUCUAUAAAUUGCUCUUGUCACCUGUUUUUUGUCUGGAUUGAUUUGCUUGUUUUCUUAUUAGUCCUAAGGCUAGGCCAAUUAAUUUAUAAUCAUUGUUUAUCUUGCUCCAGUUUAAACCUUAAAAUUUCCUCUCAUGUUUGGGGCUGAGUAAAUGAGCUGGGAGUGGUUCACAGGCUUUGCCAGGAUCACGAUAUUUUAAUUAAACCCCACAAGGUAAAAAGCGAUCAUAUGGCAGCCCAGCCAGCCCAGUUUGGAGAUAGCGUAAUACUGGGAUAAAAUUCACCAAGGCGAAAUGAGCCAGCCCAGCUCACGAAAUCAGCACCUUGCCUUCUGCUAUUCCAUUUAAUAUCGUUAAAUGAUUACAAUGAACGUAAUAGCUAAAAUUUAGGUAAAGAUAACAAACUAAUAAGUCAAUAACUGAAUUUCUUAUUACAGUCUGUAAGCGGUAAUCUUUUUCUAUUUUUUUUCUGUUUCUGUUUUUAAGUUAUCUACGAAACCUUUUCCGGAUCUAAAUGUAAGGUUGGCAGGCAGAAAGACCCAAUCCCAGGAACGACUUCGGUAAGCUAGCUAGCACGAUGCCAGCUGUUGAUAGUAGUCAAAAAAAUAUCCUUUAUGUAUAGUGCCCUUAUUUUAAUUAAACUGUAGUUUUUGCAAUCUAAGGGACCGUGCAUUUUGUUGAUGGAAUGGGCCUGGGGUUUAAGGGGAGGGGGGACCGAAAAAAAAUUGCACUAGACUCCUUCUUCCACCUUCCCCUUAUCGUCAUCAUCAUUGUCACGGUCGUCGUUAUAGUUAUCGUUAUUAUUUUUUUCUCUAUCUCUCUCUCCUCACAGGUAGUGUACGUUAUGCCAUCUACAUCUGGUAGAACUCAGACCUACCCCCGUGCAAGCGACAAGUUGCCGUUUUUCUUGGAACUUAAAUCUUUGCGUGAUGAACUGAAAGCGAAUUCUGUGCACCCCUCUUCUCCUGAAGAGGAAGUAAAAUCAAGUAUAAACGAGACUUAGUUAGCCGCAAUUGUAUACAAAUGUAACCUCAAAAUUCUUGCUUCAACGUUAGUUAUUUAUUGCCUUUAUUUAUACAGAAAUACGAAUACGUUACUCUCAGAAUAAAGAAAAA